CUUGCAGUGAAGUUAAAUGGUGGCCGCCACGUCCAGGGGAUACUGCGGGGCUUUGAUCCCUUCAUGAACCUCGUCAUCGAUGAGUGCGUGGAGAUGGCGCCGGGAGGGCAGCAGAACAACAUUGGCAUGGUG